UCAAAGUUGAAUAAUUUCGAUUUUUUGCAAUAAUUUCUUUUUAAGGGAACUCUUAGAAUAAGCCACGUAGGCAGUUAAGAGGGGUAAAAAUGAAAACUUCCUUUUUUAAAAUUCGAUAGACAUAAUUAACUUAAGAUGCCUAAAUAAAAUAAAAAUAAUAAUUACAACAAAAUUAAUUAAAAUAAUAAAUAAGUAUAUAAUAACCAAGAAUAAAUCCAGUUCAGAAUCUAUGCACCUCCACAUUCACAAAAUAAAACCCUUUCAGAGUUUUGCUCCGGCGAGAGGACAAACUUCCGACGCCGUACUUUUCAUCUUUCCGGCAAUCGGUACAGCCUAGAAAGAUGCCCCGGAAAGUACAAAAUCCACCAGAAUUUGUCCCAACCGAUAAAUGCAUAGCCAUGGAUUUGAAGAAGAUGGAUACAGACUCACUCAACCGAAUGCUGCUCGAUCGCAUUCAAGAACUCGAACGAAAAGGUUUGGUAGAUCACAAUUUUCGACAGUGCUACUUGUUGAAAGAGAUCAGUAGUCUGACAUUUUUCUUGGACCUGAUUGUCGUAUUUCUCGAUGAUGUUCACACGGUGGUGAGAGCUAUGGCAAAAACAUUGACUCAACCAGUUGUGAACUACGAUGAAAUGUAUUCGCAUCAUAUCAAGCUUAAAGGAAGUUCUUCAUGUAUCGGUGCUUGUCGAAUUAAAGAUGCAUGUUUCAAAAUACGUCAUGCUAUCGAGAGCAAUUCCAAAGACGGGUGUCUCCAGGUGUUGAAUGUUGUACACAAUGAAUACAAGAGUCUGCAUGAACAGUUCGACGGCGUUAUCAAGAUUGAGCGGGAACUCGUUUCGAGGGGAACCAGACAAGCGUCGUAGGAAAAAUCGAGCAUGGUUAUUUUGUAGCAGACAGAAGCCAUAGUAUUUUUCUUUUCCUUUAAAAAAAAAUAAUAAUAAUUUAAUAAUCAUCAGGAACAAGGGAACUUGUUGAAGUUGUGACCCUUGUUCAUUAAGUACUGUCAUCUCUUGAAUUUGCUCUUUUUCUUGAUUAUGGAUUAUUUUUGUGAUGUAUACAUACAUACAUAUAUACAUGUAUAUAUGUAGCAUUUGGAAUUGUUUGAAUGGGAUUCAUUCUUUGAUAAAUUUCAAAUUUAGUUGAUUAGAAAAU